AUUAGCUUAUUUACCUUUGUCGAAAACUUUGAUAGGGUGUUCCUCUGACAAAUAAACUUGAAAUUUUUAUCAUACAGUAUAUAACGUCUGAAGUACUAAGUAACGUCCUAAAUUAUUUAUUAAAUAUUGAGAAGGUUUACAAGGUCAGAAAUUUCUUUCAAUAAGGAUAAUUUUCAUUGGAAAAACGACAUUAAUAAAAGGCAAUGGCAUCAUUUGUAACAACAGUCACGGCACUAUUGUUGACAACAAUAUAUUCAACAAGCUCGGCUCCUCUUACCAGCGACAACAACGUUGCAUUUUCUGUUGGACUUUCAAACACACAGAAUGUGUACAACAAAGACACUAUCCUUUAUGAUAAAGUGUUUGUCAAUGAACACAAUGGUUAUAGUACAUAUACAGGAGUGUUUACAUGCCCUGUUGCUGGUCUCUAUGUCUUUCAUUUCCACGCCUACAGCUCGAACAAAGACUCCGUCAUGUGGCUAGAUCUCCUGCAUAAUGACAAUAUAAUGGUCAGUGUUAGUGGCUACAACUCACACACGGUCAGCAGCCAAACUGUAAUGCUAAAAUUAAGGAAAGGGGAUAGGGUUCAAAUCCAGUCCAGAGAAUCCCAAGAGUUUGCCCUCUUCGGUAUUCAAGGGCAGAUUUACUCGACCUUCACAGGAUUUAUUUUACAUUCCAAUGACAAUAAGCAUUUGCUUGAUUCUGGUUCAGCGGCUGUCGGCAAAUAGGUAGACAUCACCUAAAAUCUUUAAAUGCCGUUUAAUAACUUUAUAUAUUGCGAAAUCAUAAAGAGACUUGUUUUUCUUCACUAUUCUUAAUUCUAAUAUGAACAAAUCAUAUCUAUUGCCAUGAGAACACGAGAAAAUUGACGACAUAUCGUUUGGCGCUAUGCAAGCACCGAGUUACCAUUUUGUUGUUUUUGUUAUUUAUUUGAAUGAAAGAUAUCAUGUCAGAAUCAAUCUGAUAUAAAAUGACACUGUCACUAUUAACUGGUACUCUCUGAAUCGACUAUUAGGCGAGCAAAACGUCUACGCACACCAGACUAUUUAAAAUGCUCUAUUUCCUAAUAAAGUUGUAGAGAAUAUACCUCGUACAAAUUAAGAACAGAUACCAACUUUGUCACUUUGUUAAAUGUUGAUGUUGAUCCUUAUAUUAUAGAUUUAUGCCUAAUUCUAAAUGACAUUUUCAUGUCUGAAUCCUAAUUUUUAUAUUUUCUUGCCAGUUUUAGUCUUUAAAUAGUGCAGUGGAACAAAAAAUCGGGAUAACGAGUUCCAGCUGCAUUCCUUAUCCUGUGAUAUUGGCUUUAACUUUAUUAAAAACGUUCACUUAUAAACAUAACAUUAACAUUAACAUUAGCCAUAUACAAGUUCCUAGAUAGGUAAAAACGACAGGAAAUGAAAGACUACGAAAAGUUUUACAGACUCAAUCAAACCGAGUCUGCAAUUUUCACUGUUGCAUUGUUCUCGAUGCUUCCGAGGGAUCUAAUUUCCAGAUUUUAUUUAUAUUGCGUCUCAAAAUUGUGAUGCAGUAUGAAUGUGAACUACCACCAAAACUGGAAGAACUGUUACUAAUUGACAUUUAACUAUGACUAUCGCUCUACAUACACAAGUAAUUUAUAUGUUUACUAAAGUUUAAAUUACUUUAUGGGGACUAUCUACAUAAGAAAUAAAUAUCUAAUGAUUAGUCUGCCAAUUAAUUGAGAUCGGAAAUUCGAAACUAAGUUUCUGGAAUACCACAUGGUUGUGUGACCUAAUUCGAAUCAAAUUGUUCAUCAUUGCUCGUUAUUAUUCAUAAGUAAUUUUAAGAAGUACUGACUAGGUUUAUAUAAUAAUAGGAUAUAAGACAAUGCAGACAUUACAGCAACACCGCAUCAACCAUGUGUUCCCGAAGUAGAUUUAAAUUCGUUGUCAAUAACUGGGACUAUUGGUUACACGAUAUAUAUUCUUUAGAUGAUUUGCCAGUAAACGGUGUAAGAGUGUGUUCUCAUUAUUGAUAAAUAUAUUCCCAUAAAAAGAUGUAUAGUAUAAUAGUUUAGAAAAAUCGUUGAAUAAACCUUAUUAUUGUUUUAA